AUGGCAUAUCUUGGUCGAGUGGCCGAGGACACUAGCGCAAAUCAUGAUACGAACGUCGUGGAUAUCCAGGUUGUGGUAUUCGCGGCAAUCACAUGGUCGAGCUAUCAGACAAUUUGGGUUCGUUGGAUGCUUUUCACAACCUUUCGUGGCAUCAAAAAUACCAUCUUCGUCCUCGUUCUCGUAUAUUGCCCCCCAUGGCCUACAACACAACCGACCCGAAGGUUGAUGGCUUGGGCCCACUCGAACGGGCACACUAUGUCUCCGAUAAUCAUCAAUCCCAAGUAUUCAGUGUUCCCCAAAGGCCAUCAGCGCAAGGUCAAACCAUGCAGAGCAGGUACGGCGCGGGCGGCUGCUUUGUUCCUCGGGUUAGGUGGCAUUCGGGGAAUUAUUGGGAUGUUUUUCUGUAUUCCUGACGAAGAGGGCCGUUGCGACCACUGGGGACUGGCCCCCGAGUUUCCAACUUCAUCUCGUCCUUAUUAUACUGGCUGCGACGGCUUCUUCUUCUUCUUCUUCUUCUUGUCGAUGGAGUCUUUGCUUGACGGUGAGUCAUUCCUCGUGAUUGUCCGACCCGGUUGUCGAAUACUCUCUCCCUGGUAUGAUGGUGCUGAGGAUGUCGAAGCGAAAAAUGAGCGAAUUGUCUCCCCUAUUGUAAUUGUCGUCGUCAUCGUCGUCGUGGGGGGUGCUGUGUUGCUCCCCACGAUGUCUGUUGUCCGCAAUUGUGAUUUGGAUCGGUCUCGCUCAGGGCAGCUUCGCAACUUCAACACCAGGUCGUCAAGUUCUAGAACGCGUCACCGCAUCGGAUCAGUAAUCUCAAGCACCAGGCCCAAAGCGGAUCUUGCAGUGUGCCCUUCUUCUAGCUCCAGAGACAAAAAAGCCGCCGAGACAGGAUUCGCCAAGACGGCAGCCCUCACCCAUGGCCGAAUCUUUGCGAAGAGGAGAGAAAAGGUCAGCGGGACGGCCCGCUCACGGGAUUCGAUCCGGCGGGAGCGGAGCUCACCGCGUUUCUUGAUGGGGAGGAGGGGUCGCUCGUGGGACCAGGAUGGCGCAAUUAUGGGGACCUUGGCGCGAUGGCCGAUGAAUUGCGCAACGACAGCUCAUCGAAGAGGCUCGGACUUUGACCGUAUUCUUGGGAUGACGAACAAUUUGCGAUCAAAAUUGAAACUAUCAAGAGUUCCACCUUGCAAUGCCCUUGACCUUGCCUGGUUUCAAUCUUCGAGGCCCAAGCCUACGACACGAGUUGAACAAACGUGUGGGCUUGCGAUGUGGUGCCAUAUCAUUCAACAAAAACGUGUCGGUAUCAACUCUUCUGCUUUGAGAGAUCCUUUCGAAGACGGUCUUUCCUUUCGAACAUUUCGCGUCGUCGUUCGCGUUUCUAAACGUAUCAGAAAAUCGGAUUGUGCCCAUUUCCAUUCUUGUUGGAGUGCAAACGGCAAAAUGCAACACAAAAAGCAGGACUGUGGCCAGACGGUGUCGACACAGUCACAACCCAAACUUGAUACAGAUACGGACAAUAGACCUUUCAGCCAGACUGCCAGCUUCAAGGGACCUUCAUUCAAUAUUUCGUCAUUUAGUCAGACCAUUCUGUCAAGCCAUUUUGGUAGCGUCUCAGGAACCCGGAUGGCCAACCCUGAUGGCCCAGCAUCUCACACAAAAUCAGUCUCCGCCAUCGCCAAUCCGCCAACCAUCACCCGCGAUGUUGCUGGAAUUGAGCAAGAUAGCCAGCGCAUCCUCGAACUAUGGACAGCCAGUUCGCACUACCCUUCCCACCGGGGGAAUGCCGUUUCUCCCUUCCACCGCCAUUCUGAGGCCCCUGAGAUAGAGAGAUGUGCCCGCAACACCGUCAAGUUGGCCGCUUUGAGGGCCGAAGCAAAUCGACCAAAAUAUGCGACAACAGCCAAGUUCAGACGGCUGAAUGGAGAGAAUGGGAAGACAGAGAAAACCCGCACACUGUAUCGAUCAGCAGGGCACGGCGCCUUUGAGAACCCCCACGGUAAGAAGCCACGGCCUCUCCUUUUUGUUCCUUCUCCUUGUCCAUACCUCUCGCCUGUCUCGCUUCAUUUCCCCUCUCACCGGUCUCUUGACUCUCUUCACCUCGAGCUCGGAGUAAUUGGCCGAUUGGGUAACCUGCUCCAUCACGAGUUGCCCAGCGUCGCCUUGUCUUCGAUGACUUGCUUUCCUGAGGCUUUUCACCAUGCUUUGAUGAUGGAUGGCGAGGUCAUCUGGCGUUGGACAAGUCUGUCGUCUGUCGAUUCUCUCGUCUUUUUCUCUAGUCCCAACUCUGGCCAAUACGGGAUGGCUGCGUCGCAUCACCUGAAGACUUUGGUGCGGGAUGGUACAAACUCUGUUUUGCGCGGGUGCCGCCGCCAAGCGCAUCACAAGCAGAUUUCCUUCUCUGUCGUCCUACAUACAUUGUCAUGCAUACACAGACGGAUUCACACCAAUACGCACCCAACCACGACGAGCAAUGCCGCCGUCGCCUUUCCUCAGUCUGGUGCCACCGGCUCUGCCCACCCUCCCACGCUGUUCCUAGCCCGAACGUUUGACCGAAGAUGGGCGGGGCUACCCUCAUCGGACACUUCUCAUCCACUCACCAUUGACGAUCCUUCCAAGCCCGCCUACAGCAUCGCAUUCACACGACCACGGCAGCCAUGCACGCUCCAUUCUGCCGCCCUAGCCCGGCGCCCCGUCGUCGGGUGGGACCCCCAGCCCGAACGUGGCACCCUGCUCCGUGUUACCAGCCGACCACACGUCUCAAAGCUUGCACAGCUCUGCACCCGUAGAUUCGGUCCCAGACCCCGCUCCUCAACGGUGCCAGUCCACCUUCUCCAAGCCGCAGGGAGCUACUAUGGAUCCAACCAUGGGAAUACCAGCCUGAUGCGGUAUCACACAACCGCCAUGUCAUCUCUCUGCCUCCAACAGAGCUUGCGCGGUAUUCGCGGUCUACACUACGGAGCACUUAUCCGAUCCUCCAGGGAUAGACAUGUCCCUUCUCCGAGGACUCCCGCGCCUUCCACAUGGCUAUAUAAACCCAGACCAGCUCUGGUCGAAGAGGAGAUUUCUUCUUCAUCCGACUCAUCAGCUUCAAACACCAGACUCACAACAAACAAACACUCAAGCCUUUUCGCUUCCACUACCAAACUAUCAAAAUGGCCCCCUGUCUCUUUCUGGAUGAUUGGGAUUCUCUUUGACACCUGCUCCUCCUGCGGCUCCAGCUGCGCUGGCUCCUGCACUGCCUGCUCUUGCGGCUCUUGCUCCCAUGACUUUUCUGCUCCCAUCAAAUUUGACAACCCGGAAGCGGCUCGCUCGCCAAUAGCCAAUAUCCAACCCGAGCUGUGUGCCCUCCAUUCGACAACGCGGGUGGAAGGAUUGUAA